AGUCCGUCCAAGCACUCGCUUACAUCUCAGCUCGUCCGCCGCGCAGCGAGCACAGAGAGACGCGUCUGCCAAGUCCCCCGUCCGCUCCACACACUUGGUGACGCGCGGAGCCGAGCGCGGACAGGGCCACUCGCCGAGCCGCACGCAGCCUCCGCCGCUGCACAGUGUUGUUCCCUCUCUGUAAAAUGCAACAGCGGUCUUUGCGGGAUAAAGACAGCGUUCACACAUAAUCAGCGGAACAAGGACGAACGCCGGGGGGACAGGAGCAGCGAGCGGCCGGGGGAGAGGGGUAGACGGCAAUACUCAAAAGAUCUAAUUUGUCUGUGAUGAUCAUCUCCAUCCACCAGAGACCAAAGGUACGGCCUGCCCCCGUUGUGCCCUCUGAGAGGAAGAGGAAGUGAUGUCACGCCACCACCACCGCUUUGAGAGGGACUACCGGGGACCCUGGGAGCGGAGAGACAUCCGUCCUUCUGGCCUCCACAAUGGAGGAGCCAAUCAUAGCUGUGCCUCUGCCGUCGUCAAUGGCAACAACCGUCCGGGGCUCCUUCCCCUCCCAGUCAUCCCUUCCCUUCUGCCCACCCCGGUUACAGUUGCCGUGACAACGUCAAGCGGCGACAUAGUGGUCAAGCGAGGCAUCACGGCAGCGGGAUCGGUGGCCCCGGCGUCUGCCAAGGUCUCCGGACUGUCUCCCGGCGACAGUCAGACCCCGGGGCUGCUGCUGGCUCCGGGGGUGAGGUGGGGACAGACGCCCAUCAACCAGCUCACGCCAUGGGAUACGGACGAGCCCCCCGCCAAGCAGCACCGAGACGGCGAGCCCGCUGGUCCGGCCUGGGCUGCGCCGGUGGCGGCGGUGAGCCAGUCCAGCCUCCUGCCCCACACCUACGCCAUCCCUCAGCCGCCGUCCUUCAACCACAGCGUGACGGCCCAGUCGCCCAUCAUCGGGGUAACCCCGUCCAUCCAGACGCAAGUGCCGCCGCAGCACCCCCUCAUGACCGCCCACUUCCAGCUGACGCCGCAGUCGACCCAGCAGCCGCCGUCCAUGGUGCUCAGCAUGCCCAGCCAGCCCCCGUACCCCUCGGCCCAGCAGACGGUCGCGCCGUCCGCGCUCACCGCCCAGGCCGGCCAGGUGGUCCAUCCGAACCCUCACAGCAUGAUGAGCAACGGCCACUUGACCUCCCACCCCAGCCUCAUCCAGCACCCCGCCCUGCCCCUCACCAACGGGCAGGCGGCGGCGGCGGCGGCCGCGGCGGCGGCGCACGCCCAGGCCACGGCCGCGGACAAUCAGGACGGUCCCAACAGGCUGCAAAUGCUGCGGACGGUCGGGAGCGGGAAGUACGAGUUCAGCGAUCCGGGACAUCCGAAAGAGAUGUUGAAGGAGCUGAACCAACAGCGCAGAGCGAAAGAGUUUACAGACCUGAAAAUUAUUGUUGAAGGCAAAGAGUUUGAAGUCCACCAAAAUGUUCUAGCUUCCUGCAGCUUGUAUUUCAAGGACCUGGUGAAAAGGUCGUCGGGGGAGACGAGGAGCGGGGAGACGCUGGAGCUGAACAUGAGCAACAUCAGCGCCGAUGUGCUGGAGCUGCUGCUGGAGUUCGUCUACACGGGCUCGCUGGUCAUCGACUCGGCCAACGCCAAGACGCUGCUGGAGGCCGCCAACAAGUUCCAGUUCAACACCUUCUGCAAAGUCUGCGUCUCCUUCCUAGAGAAGCAGUUGACUGCGGCUAACUGCCUGGGAGUGCUGGCUAUGGCCGAAGCCAUGAGUUGCACCGAGCUCCACAACAUGGCCAAGGCCUUCGCGCUGCAGAACUUUCCCGAGGUGGCAGGUCAGGAAGAGAUCUUAAGCGUGUCCAAGGAAGACCUGGUGGCCUAUCUGUCCAACGACAGCCUAAACACAAAAGCCGAGGAGCUGGUGUAUGAGACGGUCAUCAAGUGGAUCAAACAAGACCCCAUCUCCAGAGUACAGCAUCUGUCGGAGCUGCUAGCGACGGUGCGUCUUCCCUUCAUCCACCCGUCCUACCUGCUGAACGUCGUGGACAACGAGGAGCUGAUCAAGUCGUCGGAGGCGUGCCGCGACCUGGUCAACGAGGCCAAGCGCUACCACAUGCUGCCGCACGCCCGGCAAGAGAUGCAGACGCCCAGGACUCGGCCAAGACUUUCCGCUGGUGUAGCCGAGGUGAUAGUUCUGGUGGGGGGGCGUCAGGCUAUUGGGAUGAACCAGCGUUCCUUGACAGCGGUCACCUGUUUUAACCCACAGAACAGUAAGUGGUACCCGCUGGCCAGCCUGCCCUUCUACGACCGGGAGUUCUUCAGCGUAAUCUCGGCGGGAGACAACAUCUACUUGUCAGGAGGCACAGAGUCAGGUGUGAUGGUGGCUGACGUGUGGUGCUACAUGUCCCUGUUGGACAACUGGAACCUGGUGUCCCGGAUGACCGUGGCCCGCUGCAGACACAACAGCCUGGUGUAUGACGGCAAACUGUACACCAUCGGGGGACUGGGCGUAUCAGGGAACCUGGACCACGUGGAGAGGUACGACACCAUCACCAACCAGUGGGAGACGGUGUCUCCGUUGCCCAAGCCGGUCCACUCUGCAGCGGCCACGGUGUGCGGAGGGAAGGUCUACGUGUUCGGCGGCGUGAACGAGGCCGGCCGCUCGGCGGGCGUCCUCCAGUCCUACGUGCCGCAGAGCAACACCUGGAGUUUCAUCGAAUCGCCCAUGAUAGAUAACAAAUACGCCCCUGCGGUGAGCCUAAACGGUUUUAUAUUCAUCCUGGGAGGAGCCUAUGCCAGAGCUACCACUAUCUAUGACCCAGACAAAGGCAACAUCAAGGCUGGCCCCAACAUGAAUCACUCCCGGCAGUUCUGCAGCGCCGUCAUCCUGGACGGGAAGAUCUACGCCACGGGAGGCAUCGUGAGCAGCGAGGGCCCGGCCCUCGGCAACAUGGAGACUUUCGACCCGUGCACCAACUCUUGGACGCUGCUGCAGUCACUGCCCUGCCCGCUCUUCAGACACGGCUGCGUGGUCAUCAAGAAGUACAUCCAGAGCGGCUGAGGGCGGACCGGAUCGCACUGGGUCAACGCCAAAACACCAGCUGAGCGCCAGUUGUGGGACAGUGCGUGACGGCAGCUUGGAGGCGGGCCGGCCGGUCGGUCGGUCCGUCGGCCAGCGACCUCUGGACUUGAUGCCAGCAUCCAUCCACACUGUUCCCCGUCCCUCCACCCCUUAAAUAAAAACCUGUGCAGAAUGUACUCAUGUUCAACUACUCGGCCAUGUCAGGUGACGAUGCCUAACCUCCAGUACUGUAUGUGUCAUGGUAGUAGUUCAUCCUCUCAUCCAACAGGCACAGGGACGCUCUUAGUAAUUUACAAGCUCCUUGGUUGAUGGUCGUUUUUGGUUUUCCAGUUCUGUCUUUUUCCAGAUUUCUGUAAACUCACCACGUCCCCAUUUCUUCAGUAUACUUUAUUAUCAGCUCAGUGGAAGCCAUUGCCGGUCCGGAUAUUGUAGCUUUCAUUGUCAUUCGUUAGCAAAAGUUGAUUUGUGGUGUUUGCUGAUUUUUCACCAGUGACUUCUACAGGACAGGAGGAAGAGUGAAGGACAGGAAUCUGUUAUCUUCUCUAUCGGUGGAUUUGAUGAGUUUCUUCUCUCUCCGGUGCGAAAAGAAGCAGAAUUCCCCCUAUGUGGACUCGCGAGAUAAUUUCAAAUCCAGAUUCUGAACUCUGCACAAACCCACCUCUUUUAACGACUCUCAAAACAUAGGAAAAGCUAUCAAAUCUGGCCAGCUACGGGUUUAAAAAGAGAAAAUCUUUGUUUUCUUUGUUCUUGUGCGAUCCCAGCCUGAUUUAAAUAUCAUCUGCAGAGUGAGGGGCUUGUUUUCCCCUCUUUAAAUCGCACUCUCUGGCUCCCGGAGACAAAAGCAGCACCACGAGAGAGAGAGAGAGAGAGAGGGAAUUCCUCUUUCCACCGACGUCCAAUCAGAUGUUCAAGUUGGGACAGUUCCUCCGGAAAAAAAGCACAAUAUUCACCUGUGACUGUUACCAUGGAAACUAUCUGUUGAUUCAUGUUUUUAUUCCGUCUCUCAUCGGCAGUCCUCCCUUUUUUUGUUUUAUACAACGCGUUUCAUUGCAACCCACAGAUUACGUCGGGUUGGUAUUCUGUAAAUACAGGAAGGAAAUAUGUAUAUUUUAAAAAUCUGAAGGCAAUUCUGUAUAAAUGUUUUUAGAAAAAAAAAAAAAAAACGGAUAGACUGGAAUCAAAAUGGUAUGUCUGUAAAUCUGUACCCAGAAAGGAGAAAUUAACAAUUGUUAUUAUUGAAACCUAAUACAUAUACCAGAACAUGAA